GAGGAGGCGGCGGGACGCCGGGCCGGCCAGUGCCUCGCCGCCGCCUGGGGAGGCAGCCAGGGACAUCGCGCGACUCCUGACGGCACCGCCGCCGCCCAGCCCCCGAGCCGCCAUGCCGCUGGCGUAGCCACGGCCUCCCGCACUUAAACACCCCCGUCGCCGACAUGAGGUACAAGGUGACAGACCCGGAGGGCCAGGCCCAGGAGGACUCCCGCCAGCGCAGGGAGCACGCGCCCUCGGAGAGCCCGUCCAACCCUGCGGUCUACUCCCGCCUGGUGGUCAUCAUAGCGCUCGUAGCCACGGCUCUGGUUGCCUUGGCCGCCACUGUGGCGCUGCUCGCGACAGUCAACGCGAAGACUGGAGAGAAGAUGGCGCAGUACAGGGUCGCCAUCGACACCUGCCUCUCGGAGGACUGCGUCAGAUCAGCGGCGCGCGUGCUGGAGUCGGUGGACAAGGAGGCGGACCCGUGCCACGACUUCUACCAGUUCGCGUGCGGCGGCUGGAUCAAGACCCACCCCGUGCCCGAGACGCAGUCCUCCUGGGACCAGUUCUGGAGCCUGCGCGAGGCCCUGCUCAAGGACAUACGCGAGCUGCUGGAGGAGGAGGGCAGCGACGCCGAUGUGAAGCCCGUGAAGCAGGCCCGGACGCUCUACAGGACCUGCCUGGACACGGACAAGCUGGAGCAGCUCGGCGUGGAGCCCAUGCUGCGCGUGAUGGAGCGGCUGGGCGUGAGCCCCGGCCCGCCGCGGCCCCGCCACGCCGACGACGGGAGGUUCGACUGGGUGCACACCCUGGGCCGGGCGCAGAGGCUGCUGGGCCUCAACACGCUGUUCGGCUUCUGGGUCAGCCAGGACAUCCGCAACACCUCCCGCAACCUCAUGGUGGCGGACCAGAUCUCGCCGGGCAUCAGCGAGCGCUACCUGCUGGACCCGGCGCGCUUCCGCACCGAGCUGACAGAGUACCGGCGCUACAUCGAGGACAUGGUGCGCGUGUUCGAGGCGUCGCUGCUGCAGCGGCCCGCGCCGACCGCGGCGGAGGACUCCUUCGACGUGAGCGGCGCCGAGGCAGGACACCAUACCCGCUCGGCGUCGGUGCUCGGGCGAGCCCUGCUGGAGGAGGCAGACCACGCCGACGAGGCCAAGGAGUUCGCCGACGACAUCCUGGGCUUCAGCUCGCAGCUCGCCUCCAUAAUGACGACGGCCGAGGCCCGGCGCGACCCCAAGAACUUGUUCCACGAGAUGACGAUCCCGCAGCUGAGCCAGCUGAUGGACGUGGAGGACCCGGGAGCCAACGUCAAGAUGAACUGGACGCGCUACCUGAGCUACGUGUUCCACGACACCAACGUGACCAUAGACGAGGAGACGGACGUAGUGGUUGUCAUGGAGAUGGCCUAUCUCCAGAAGCUGUCCGGCCUCAUAGCCAAAACUGACCCCACUACUCUGGAGAGGUUCGUGUGGUGGAGCGUCUUCUCCACCCUGGCCCCGCUCACGCUGCAGGAGUUCAGGGACCUGGCCUUUCGGUUCAGCAAACAAGUCUUCGGCCUCACCCAGAAGACGCCAAGAUGGAAAGGAUGCACAGGGAAUGUUAAUUCAAACUUUGGAAUGGCUGUCAGCUACCUGUACGUCCAGAAACACUUCAACAACGAGUCUAAGAACAAGGCGCUGGAGAUGGUGAACGACAUCCGCGACGCGUUCGCCGAGAUGGUGCGCGAGCUGCAGUGGAUGGACGACGAGACGAAGCAGCGCACCCUGGACAAGGCGCACGCCAUGCGGCCCUUCAUCGGCUUCCCCGGCUGGCUGCUCACGCCCGGCAAGCUGGAGCUCUUCUACGAGCAGGUGGAAAUAGUGGAAGGCCAGUUGUUUGAGUCGUAUCUGAAGUUAUCAGAGACAUCUGUUAAGAAGACGUUGGAGGAUCUAAGAAAAACACCAGACUACAACAGGUGGAUCACUCCGGCCACGACGGUGAACGCAUUCUAUUCGCCCAUUCUCAACUCCGUCACAUUUCCUGCUGGAAUACUUCAGCCACCUUUUUACGGCCUAGGACUGGAAUCCCUCAACUAUGGCGCCAUUGGAGCGAUAAUGGGCCAUGAACUCACACAUGGCUUCGAUGAUCAAGGCCGCAGGUACGACAAGCACGGCAACCUCAAGCAGUGGUGGACGGAGAAGACCCUGGUGGAGUACGAGCAGCGCGUGCAGUGCAUCGUGGAGCAGUACGGACAGUACAACGUCACCCAGCUGGGAGACAACUUCACGGUUAACGGCAUCAACACGCAGGGGGAGAACAUCGCUGACAACGGCGGGCUGAGGGAGGCGCUGCGGGCCUACCGCAUGUUCCGCUCCCGCCAGGAGGAGCAGCACGACAGGAUCCUGCCCGGGCUGGCGCGCUUCUCCCCGGAGCAGCUCUUCUUCCUGGGCUUCGCACACAUGUGGUGCGGCAACUCGACGCGAGGGGCGCUCAAGUCGCGGGUGGUGGACGGGGUUCACAGCCCCAACCGCUACCGCGUCAUCGGCACGCUCUCCAACUCGGUGGAGUUCUCCGAGGCGUGGAACUGCCCGCGCGGCAGCCCCAUGAACCCGGAGAAGAAGUGCGUGCUGUGGUGACUUGCCCCGCCUGCUCUCGAAGCUUCCAGAACGCGAAGCUUCCAGAUCGCGAAGCUUCCAGAACGCGAAGCCUCCAGAACUCGAGACAUGCGCGGCAACUCGCACACUCUCCGCAGGCAGGAGAAUGGUCACGGCCUAGUACCCUGAAUUAUUUUGCUUCUAGUGUUUCGGUUUAUUGCACGUGAUUUAAAAAUAUUUUCGCCAUAUAACGACUAAACAAAUCCUUAUUUAAUUGGAUUUAUGAACUAGAGGACAAAUAUUUGCGUCAUCAUGUGGUAUUCAAUUUCGGAUAAACCGGUUCGUAUGCAUGUUUGAAACUACUUUUACUAUAUCAUUCAUAAAUAAAAAAUUUAAAAAAAAAUCCGUUUUUCCGAAACCCUGAAAAACUUCCGUUUCUAUGGUUUUGGGGAAAAUCGGAUUUUUUUACUAUCAGUCUCAAGUCGAAGGCUACAUAUACCACAUUACUUCAUGCUUUCAGAUACAUGCUAGGACUGACAUGAAAAUUUGCCGCCUUACAUUCAUUUAAAAAAAAAUUAGUAAAGAACUUGUUUCGUAAAAAUAAAAAUAAUUGUAAAAACAAAUAAGAAUUUAUUUAAAAUCAUGUGAGUAAAAACACGAAAUAUUAGGAGAGAAUAAUUGAGGAUACGACUGCCCCUUUAAUGGGAACAAGCUGUGCUCGUUCAAGGUCAGUGGGACAGCUGGCGAAGGUCGGGACUCCCCCCGGAGGGCCACUCACGCCGGGUGAUUUGCCCGGUGAUCGAGACCCGGAGCGGGACUUGCAACGCGGCGAUGUCGUCAGUCGAGCCCGCGCGCGGCACGCGUGGCUGAGCCAACCGUCGACCGGACAGUGCGGCAACGGAAACGCGACUGUACCGAGUUUAUUUUUUGUGUCGGUGACGACGAACGUUCGUGCAAUCGUAAUACCUCGAAGACAGUUUGCAGCAGACACGUCGUCACACAAGGGCGGUUUGACACACUACCUGAAGAAUGCCAGGAUUAAGCAGGUACCACUUUUUCAAAAAAAGAACUGUCAAGAUUAAAACUCAACAGGAAUAGGUUAAAGUAGUUAAGAUAUUCGCUAUGUUGUUACUGUACGACAAUAACGGUGAGUAAAUAAAGAUUAUGAUGAAACGCUGGAAUUGGUUAGACUGUAUUGAAUCUGAUUGAUUUUUCACUGUUAGUAUUGCCAGGAUGAAGCAGGUACCACUUUUCAAAAAAAAAAGAACUGUCAAGAUUAAAA